AAAACUUCUUAAGCCCCCCCUAAAAAAAUACUGGCCACCCCUGCUACUUCAUUCUGGCUACGAGCCUGCUGUGAGGUAUUUUUAGUUUUAAAUUUUCUUAUACUUCAUCCGAUGUUUAGUUGAUAUUAAGUGAGAGUGCUCAAUGAGUAGAAUACAGGAUGUCCCUGGCCUUUUUCGACAUUUUUUAAAUCGAAUGUGCUGUAUAUUUUAUUCUAAAAAGAUAGCAUAUUAAAUUCUUUGUUUAAAAAUAUAAUACUAACUAAAUUUUUGUAAAUUUUGUAUUUUUUGAAUCAUGUAAACCAUUUUUGAAUCUGUCUGUUAUAUUUAUGAAAAUGUGCCAUCUUUUUGGUCAAAAUAUACAGGGUGUUCCAUUUAAAAAAUGAGGUUAGGUCUUUUAAGUAUUUUUCUGGCCCCGUAUACUUAUUUUCAGAAUGGCAGGUUAUUCAACGAUCAUGAUAAAGAAACUUUUAUGAUAAUCAUUUUUCAGGAUCUCUCGAGGUAUCUCUUUUAACAAAGGUCAUUCUGAAAUUGACAAUACUUUGAUUUUCCCCCGUAUCUGUUAAGCGAGCGAAAAUUUUCAAAUGUCGAUUUUAACAUUUUAAGUUUGACCCAUAAAGGGCACAUGUCGCCUAUAUUACUUUUUGGUAGCACUAACAAUUACAGUGCAGUGCACGCUUGCAAUGGAACUAAAGUACUAGAGAACAUACUGCAAGGUAAUUUUUUUCAUUUAAGAUUGAUUAAAUGAAUUUAAGACGUAAUAAUUUGCACUUAGUUUUUGUGAUUCACAAAAUUUUUGUGUGCAUCAAUUAUCUCAUUGAAUUCUUAUCAAUAAUACAGCCGCUUGCGGCGCAAUCUCAAGCGCAGUAUAAGUACAUACCGUAUGAUAAUAUAUACACUCAUACAAAACUACACAGUGCGAUGUUUGGCUUACUAACUUUUGUUGAAAAAUAACGUAGAUCUUAUAUAAUAAAUCUAAAUAACGCACGGAAUUAGAAAAGAAAUCAUUUCCCACGUAAUCCACAAAGACAAAGUCGAGAGUGUAAACGUACUUUUGACUAGCAUAGCGAAAUACUCGGUUAAACUCAAAUCCGGAUGAUGACCGCCGCCGUUAAAAUAGUACACAAGGGUUGAAUAAUCGCAAAUUAAAUUUACGCGUUUUAAUUUCCAUGGAAAAAAAUGUAUGCAGGUAGGAGGUUAUCUAUCAGAUUGGAUGAGACCGGUCAUAAUGUACUGCAGCGAAUAAUGUAGAAAUUCCCAUAGAUAUCAAGGCCUCAUGGAGAGAUUAGUCAUCAGUGAUAAGAAACGAAAGCGGAUUUGACUCACUUCCGAGAAAUAUGACGGGCUUGUUCUAGAACAUUCGGAAACUUUCGGGUGCACUCGAGAAUGUUCCAGAAAGAUGGCGUUCUCUAUGUAGAUGUAAUAAUUACGAUUUUAGCUAUGUUAGUAUAUGGUCCCUUCUUAUUGUUCUUCUCUAUCACCUGAUGUGGUUGACAUUUCUAAUUUAAAACAAAUAGAAUGUACAUGAUAGAAUGUGGGCCUUGUAAUGUAGGCAAAUGUAACGCGCAUGGCAAACUCGAGGGUACACAUGCGCAAAACAAACUUUCGUAAGUAGUUGUCGACUGAUGCUCACAACCUUGUUGUCAAAAUUCGUUUCGUUUUUGUAUUUUAGAUUGUACCUAUAUUGUAAUUUAAAGACCUUUUAAAGAAACAGGGCGACACGUAGAACAGUUUUUGUGUGUUAUUAACACGAAAUAUUUUUAAGUGCUGUUGGCAAUGUGCUGUAGUGCAAUUUUUACCUUUGCACUAAGGCGUUUCUUAUGCUACAGUAGUAAUUCGUACAUAAUAUACAUUUAUUAUGUCUAGGUGUUCCUCCUAAAGCAAAAAUACGUAGAAGACUGGCAUGCAAAAACCAAUACGCGAUCAAUUUGCGAAUUUUGAAAUAAUAGAUAUUUAUAGAACUAAUCAGUUGUGCGAAAGCAUUAAUAUUAUUAGGAAAUAAUUCACGUUCAAGAUAUGUGGCACUCUGCCAGUGGACGUUAAUACAAAAAUAGCUCAAGAGUGGAAAACGUCUUUUGAAUAUUUCAUACGGUUAACAAACAUGGAUUAUGAAGGAGGAGAUUUUUUUCGCAGUUCCGUAAGAAGUAAAGCUUCUUCGUCGUUAAGUGAUUUAGGCUCGCGUGAAAAAAUUAAAGAUUGUUGUCGGAAAGUGAUCGCGUUUAUGUGCACACAAGUUGGUGUAGGGGGAUUGGUUGUCGGAUAUACUGUUGUGGGCGCGUUUGCGUUUCGAUACAUUGAACGACAGAACAAAGCGUUUCAGUUUAAUGUUCAUUUUGAAGGGUGCCUUAAUGAUAUAUGGAAGAUUGCUCAUCAAAUCAACACCGUGAACGAGCCCCUUUUUCGUACUCGUAUGGAUACUGUUUUGUUAGAGUAUCAAAAUAAAAUGGUAAAGCUGUUCCGUGAAGGUUUUCGGGGAAGAACUCCAGAAGAGAUUUGGUCAUUUCCAGCGGCAUUAAUGUUUUCGCUGAGCAUAAUUACAAUGAUAGGGUAUGGUAAUAUGACACCAAAAACGCAGUGGGGUAAGGCACUCACGGUUAUUUACGCUGUGUUUGGAAUACCACUUUACAUACUAUACUUUAUGAAUAUGGGAGAAGUGCUUGCGGGAUGUUUUAAAUGGGUCUAUACGCGACUGUAUGAGUGUAGCAGUGAAGAUUUUGAAGAGGAGGAAAAGGCUCGUCGCAUAGUUGUACCAUCGCGAGCUUGUUUGUGGGUUAUUGGCGGAUAUGUCUUGACAGGCACAGUUAUGUUUGCAAUAUGGGAAAGAUGGAAUUACUUGGACAGCGUAUACUUUUGCGUGACGAGUUUAUGCAAAAUCGGCUUUGGGGAUUUAGUACCAGGUGCCAAUAUACAGGAUUCAAAAGGUGGUAGCCAGACCAAGUUGGUGAUCAACUUUAUGUAUAUGCUAGUGGGUUUGGGGUUAGUUGCUAUGUGCUAUAACUUGAUGCGUGAGGAAAUACGGGUGAAAGCGAAGGAGUUUCGUGAAGACUUAACACAGUGUUUGGAGGAUACAAGAACUAGAUUUCUAUAUUGUUUUGGUCGUUGCGGUUGCAGGAACUUUUGAAUUUUAUUUACCGAUACAAACUUUUCUACUACCCACUCGUGUACAUAUUGCAAACUAAUUCGUGUCCAAUCCGUUUUAAAAGACUAUAAUUAUUAACAGAAUUUGCUUCUAGAUGUGAA